AUGGAAGAAGUUAAGAGUGAAAAAUGUUUUUCUAGAAUGCUGUUGCUUCUAAUAAAAGUCGUGAACUCUCUAAUAAUUCCGUUUGACAUAAAAGCACUGCUUGUUAUCGGUCUAGAAUAUGUCUCUGCCGGCUUGCAUAGAAUUCUGCAGAAAAAAGAAGAAAAAGAGACACACAGCAGUAGCGCAGAGGAACCUAUUCGAAAAACAGCAGUUAUGCUAGAUGGCACCAGCAAACACGGGGUUAUUUUGAGGAAAAAGCUUGCAGAAGAAGGAUAUUCUGUUAUAUAUCCAGACGAAAACGGCAUUUCAGAAGAAAACAUGAUAAACAUUCCAAUUAAAAUAAGAAACGAAGCAUCCAUUAACCUUUUUGUCAAGAAAAUAUCACUGUAUGGGAGAAUAGACCUGCUGGUAUUGAACUCUGCAAAGCGCAGCAUAUCUACGCAGGUCAAAAUCCGGCCAAUAAAAGGCCUUGAGAAAAAGAUUAUUCCUUCAAAGGACAAAAAAGGAUUCAUCAGUAAGAAUGAACUCUACAAGGAAAAAAAUAGAGUUCUAUUGGAGAAAGACUCAAAUGCAAAGAAAAACUAUCUAUUCAACUUUCUUCUGAUUCGAGGUCUUGCAGAAAAGCUGAAAGCUGGGGAUGGAGUGGUUGUGCUUUGUAUUGACAGAAUUUUUAUGAUAGCUGACAAAGCCCCAUCCAUGCUGCCAAGCUACUUCUUCUCAUAUUGCCACAGCCAGCUGCUUGCUCUUUUCCUGGGAAUUGGCACCAAGUCCCGAUACACCUACCUAGACGUGCGGAUAGUAGGGAGCUGCUUCCUGACCGACCAAUGGACAUCUGCAGCUAUAGGCUCCAUACGCCAAAAGAGAAGUGAGUCGGUUCAAUACUUCAAUGGUUCUACAGAGGAAAAGAUUGAUGAAAGCUACACAGACAGAGCAAAUGACCUGUGGGAGAAUGCAGAGAUGGUCUCCUAA